GUUCGUUCUUGCACCUCAUUUCUCACCACCCAUGAGGAAAAGAAGUUAGACAAAUACCAUCCACCCAACAAACUCCCAUCACACACAGAGAGUCAUGAAAGAUGAAUGUGUAGAAGAAAAAAGUGAAGGGACAGCUCUUGGCUUCUGGCUUAAAAUAAACUGAGAACAUGAAGUGCUUAUCUCUCUCAAAUUCUGCACUUUCAUGUGGUUGGAAGAAGAAGAAUUCAUCUCCACAGAGCUUAUUCAAUUGGGAUUUUGGAAGAAGCAGAAGCACACAGCCAGAUACUUCUAAUAAUCAGUAUUACGACGAUAUCGAUCUCCCAUUUCCUCCUUCUCUUGUUGGCAAAACCUUCUUGCAAGGCAGGGAACUCAAGUGUUGCUAUAAGGCGAGUACAGAUGGAUUCUCAGCCACAGAUUUCCACAACAAAUGUGACUUCAAGGGACCAUGUGUCAUAAUUGGCUACACAAACAAGUCCCUCAAAUUUGGUGCGUUCAACCCGGAGGGCUACAGAAGCACGGACGACUACUACGACACGUUUGAUGCGUUCCUCUUCUACUGGCCAGACGAUGACAACGAAAACGGCCCUAUAGUCUUGCCGAAAGUAGGGGGGAGUGGUGCAGCACUCUUCGACUAUGCACGUGGGGGGCCGCAGUUUGGGGCCGAUGGGUUGCUGAUUGGGCCGCCGUUGGCGCCGGUGAUGGGGGGAUUUGCAGGGCCAGAUACAAAUUCAGGGGUUGGUGACUUGAGGCAAGCUAAGUCUAGGCUGGGGCUGUCUUAUGCUAAAAGGCCUGAUGGGAAGGAGUCUGUGUUUGGGGAUGAGUCAAAGGCCACUCUUGAUGAAGUUGUGGUCUUUUGUAGUCCUCAAAUUGCAAGCUUGUAUUGAGUUAUGAUGAAAACUUGUGCUAUUUUUAGAAUGGGUGUCUAAGUUUUGGCCUUGUAAGCAGGCUUCAUAUGUGAAUGAGAAGAAAGGUCAGUUCUUAGUGCAAGUUUCAGGUGGAAGACAAUAGGCAAAGGAAUGCUAUUUGAUGUGAUUGAGGAAGUUUUCUAUUGCUGUUAAAUGUUCGGUAUGAGCUGUAGCUACUAGCUGACAUGGUCUGGUUUUUAGCUCAACAUUGUGAACAAUAUCGUAUAAGCGAUAACCUGAGCUUUUUUGAGGUUUAGUGUAACUGUAUACCUUUUAUGGUUUGGAAAAUUAUAUUUUUGUACCCUUGA